CAGUCUGGUUCAGCCAGUAAGCAGCUCAGCAAAUGAUAAGUGCAGCAGGGUCAGGCUUUUGAGAUCUUUUGCCCUCAGGGGGUAACGAUCACAGCUGCUUUGCUGUGGCGACAGUGACCUGGGGAUUAUUUCAGGUUCAUUUUCUGUUGGUUUUCCCCUUUGCCAGAUACAAAAGGAAACAAUGAAGAUGUGUAAGACAGUACCUGUGUUCAUUCUGUUGUUUACAGGAUAUAUUUGUAACAACAGGGAUGUUGCUGCAAACACCACAACAUCAUCAUAUAGUGUCUCACCUGCUUCCAGUGUCACGCAAGCUCCUGAAUUAGAAACACCACAACAUGGGAACAAUCACAUUCCAGAAAAUCAUCCAUUGGCAGCUCCAACAGUGGCAGGAAUCAGCAUUUCCUUUGUGUUCAUUUGUAUGCUUAUAACUAUUGGUAUUUGCUGUGCACAGAGAAAAUCAAAGGGAUUUUCAGCUGAAAGUAAUUCUGCCCCCUCUGGUGAACCUGAAGUCUCCUUAAAGAAAAUUUCAACACAUGAGAACCAACGUAUACCUGGCAGCAGUUCUAUACCUCCAUUUAAACAAAAAGGAAAAAGAAAUUUCUGGAGGACCCUUUGCUGAAAAUUUCCAGCAGGCUGACUGUGACAUUUUGUAGCUACCUCCAACAGGAAUUCUGAAAGUUUAAUAGUACAGGCUGAGCAGGUAAACAUUGAGAUGUAUAAGUAAUGUAGAAAAUUUUCUGUGUUUCACAUACUCUGGUUACCAUAGUUGUUGAGUAUAUGUACGCAGUCAUGAAUUUACUGAGGAGGUAGCCUCCUGUCCAGUUGUCAGAAUUCUUCUGAGUUGAACUGUGGGACAUGGAUUUUGACUAACUUAAUGAAGUCUGUUCCACGACAAACAUUACCAGGGAUUGUGCUGUGUCUCAAUAAUUGCUCUCUGAGCAAAAAAGUGGAUUCUUUCAGGUAUCUACAAAAAUGAGAGAUGAGGUGUAGAAUGCUACUAGCCGUGUGAAACUGCAGAUGAUGCCAGUAAAUGUGCAAGAAUAUAUCAGCCCUAGAGACUGUGCUGUGGUCAAGGUCUGGAAAAUCCUGGGUUCUGAGAAAGAUCAUCAGGGAAAGUAUGUCUUAUGAAAGACAACACCAGGAAAAAGUCAACUCUAUGAAACAAAACAAAGUCCAGCUCCCUCUCUUCUGUACAGAAUAUAGAAUGAUCACUGCUGUUAGCAGUGACUAAAAAUAUGCAGAGAAAUCAAAUCUGUUUAGUCGGUAAGUGCCUGUAACAGGCUUCCGGAUACAUAGCUACUACUAACAGAGCAUCCUGGGAUAGCAUUAAACUACAGCAAUCUAGUGUUAACAGACAGUAAAUAGUGGUAGAUGCUGUGCUUUAAGUGUGAAUCACAAAGUGUAAACUAGCCACUGUUUUCUAAGAAAAAAAAGUAUUUUGACAUUGUUUCUUCCCUCAUUUGCAACAGUUGUCAAAAACCUAAUCAUCACACAAAGACCACUUCUUCAUCUAGCACAGGUCCUGUAAUGUUCUGCAGUACUAGUGUCGACGUGGACUGGUGUUAAGCAGCUGUGUGUCCUUCCUAGAUGUCAGCCAUACCGCUUCGUGCCUCUCAGAGGCAAAGCCCUGAGCAUUCAGGAGGUUUCAGAAGCUGAUGACUUCUGAAACAAAUUAAUUUUAAUUGUAACUGUAGGCCAAACUGUGCAAAAUUUUCUCACAUCGGUAAUCCACUGGAGUCAUCAAGACCAUUCACAUGAGCAAUUUACUGAGCUGCAUUUUUCUUGCUCUGCGCUGUAGAUAUUGUGCUGCUAUUUUCUUCUCCUGUACAACUUCUUUACAUUUAAAACUCUAAUUUUAGAUCUCAUUUGUGUUAACAAAGGAAUUCCUUUUACAGUUUCAACCAGUUAGGCAUAUUCUUUCAAGGAAUAUAAUUUCACAGUUGCUUGUUAUUCCAAGCUUGCAAGUGCCUUCUGACAGUAAAAAGUUGAUCUGGGAUUCUCACUUAGAAGAAGUAAGCAUAGAUCCAGUGCCUGCAAGUUAUAUCAAAUGAGAAGCGCUGUCUGAAGAAAAAAAAAAAAUCUACCAUCUUCUACAGAUUUGCAGUUUCAGCAGCAGAUGGCUGAGAUACAGCAGGGUCUGGGUGUAUGAAUAGCGACAUUGUUAUUCAUCCAUCAGCCUCAUUACACCUAGGCAGGCUGUCUGUGCCCUGUUAUAGGCACCCUAUUGUAACCCGAGAAUACGUUUUGAUCAAGAUGUAUAAUCCUGGCAUUAAAUAAGUACAUUUUAAAAUGGGAUUAUUGUGAGGAUGAUUAACGUGACAUCCCAAAGUCUGAUCCUACUGUGAUUAGAAGAGUGAAUUCAGCCCCACUGCAUUUUGAAUCUUAGCACCUUGAGACAUGCUAGUGAAGGCUGGAUUUGCUUUCUUAUCUGCAUAUUGAAUUUCACGACCAAUGAUAGACCCUAAUGAUAGAAAAGUAGUCUGUAAUUAUUGGAAAGAUUCUCAUUAAAAUAAUGACCUUGCAAAAAGCAAAAAAGGAAGUAUCAACGUCUUUGAAGUGCAUGGAUUCAGUACUAGACAAAGGAAGUUAUGGCUAGCUUUAAUUUGGGAACUGAAAUGGCAAUAGGGAACGUAUACAACUGGAAUUAGGGCAUGGCAUGUUUAAGGUUUUCAAAGAUUAAAAAUAUAUUCUGUUCAGGAUUUGCAUUUUUAUACAAUCAGGCAAGAUGUAGAG